CACUACAACGGAAGUAAACGAGAAAGGCUGCAUCCUGCGGCAGGAUGAGGACAAAAAGAUUACUGCUGAGCCACAAUCAAUAACCGCUUGAAGACGAAUGUCCUGGAGGUAAUGAAUGCUCACAGGCAGGAUCGUUUUGCAGUGAUGUCGUAUGGCUGUUUGAGCGCCAAGUGCCUCGUGAGAGCGGCGGAAGUGCGCGUGGCUGAACCGAACCGGUUCCUCCACCUUUAGUCCGUCUCAUCAAUGACCAUGGAUGUCAGAGCAGUUCUGGAGUUUGCCACAUUAACCAGGGUUCUCUCUCUUGUUUUACAGGCUGUUCUGAAUGCGGCAAUCCCUGACCAUGACGCGGACGCCUUCAGGCCGCCUCGGACAGAGGAGCACUUGUACCUGGACUCAGUGGUGGAGUGGCUGUUCGGUGGCCUCUCACACUGGGAUGCGGAGCACUACCUCUUCAUUGCAGAGAGAGGAUACCUGUAUGAGCACAACUUCGCGUUUUUCCCGCUGUUCCCCGUGGUGCUGCGCGGGCUGGUGGAGACGCUGCUGCGGCCCCUCAGCAGCUGGCUGAGCGUGCGGGGGCGGCUGCUGCUGGCUGUGGCCGUGGGCAACAGCGCCCUCUUCCUGCUGAGCGCGGUGGCCCUGUACGCCCUCAGCAGAGCGGUUCUGCAGGACAGGCGUCUGGCUCUGCUCUCCAGCUUCCUGUACUGCAUCACGCCCGCCAAUGUUUUCAUGACAGCUGGGUACUCGGAGAGUCUGUUUGCUGCACUCACAUACGGCGGUCUGUUGCUGCUGGAGAAAGGCUUCACCUUCACAGCCUGCUUGGCCCUCAGCAUAGCCACUGCAGCGCGCUCUAACGGACUCGUUAACAUUGGCUUUCUGCUGUAUAUCCCGGCACUGCGUGCCAUUUCACAGAUCCGCGUUUAUCGUACGACGACGACAGGCUACAGUAAAGUCCUGUGCUACAUCUGGGUCACCCUCCGUCUCCUGCUGACCUCUCUCUUAGGCACGGCUGUUAUUGCCCUCCCCUUCUGUGCUUUCCAGUACUAUGGCUAUAGGACGUUCUGCACCCCGUCCACCUCCCUGGAGCAGAUCCACCCUUCCCUCCUGUCACUGGCCGAGAAGAGGAGUUACCGGGUUCCUAAUGAAAACGGGCCCCCUCCUCUGUGGUGUAUGCGACCCCUCCCUUUGCUGUAUUCACACAUCCAGGAUGUUUACUGGGACGUGGGCUUUCUCCGGUACUUUGAGCUCAGACAAAUACCAAACUUUAUUUUGGCUUUGCCUAUGGCUACACUUGGCAUCGUGGCUGUUUAUGCCUACUUUCAAGCUAAUUCAGAACUCUGUCUGAGACUUGGACUUUGGGAGACGAGUUCAAAGAAAGGACUGGACAAGCCCAUACCGGGCUUCUUCAACCCGAAAGUCUUUGUGUACAUCGUGCAUUCUGCAGUGCUCCUCGUCUUUGGAACUCUGUGCAUGCAUGUUCAGGUUCUAACCAGAUUCAUGGCUUCCUCGUCUCCUGUGCCAUUCUGGAUCAGCGCUCACCUGCUCCUCCUCAAUGAGCCGCUUCUUCACCGACGGAAAACCUCCAGCUCCACGGUGCAGCUGCACACCGAUUUCAGAAAUUGUUGCAAGCACACUACUCAGAACCCCAUCGUUGCACUGCUGCCCCACUUCAAAGCCUGUUCUCCGACCACCCAGUGCAUCCUGGGAUACUUCCUCUCCUACUGGCUGCUGGGCCUUGCACUGCAUUGUAAUUUCUUGCCUUGGACUUGACUUUAUAUUUUACUUUGAGGAUUAAAUUAGACAUUUCUGUGUAGAACUGGGCUAAAUAUGUCACAUUAUACGUAACGUACACAAAGCUCCUCACUAAUAGAAAUGUUUAUGUUCCAAUAAGACUUGGACAACAAAUUUAACAUAUUGUCAUUGUGUAUUUAUUUUAGGAAAAUCACUUGAAAAGCUGUUUCACGCAUCCACUUUGCUUUGUCCAGUUCCACACAGAAUGUCACAGCAAGAUUUUAUUUAUUAUUUUUAUAUGCAAGCUUGAUUUGCAUGUAUUUUUUAUCUGUUGCAUGUUUGUACUUGAACAUUUUUUCUAAUUGUUGAAAUUUGGAAAAGCUUUAAAUGUUCUGGUCUAAUUUACUGAAAUGCAUGUUUAAGAGAAUUAUUCAAAGAUACUGACUUUUUAACUGAAUGAAAAAUAAACUUCUUCUAAGGAA